ACACACUCUCAUACACACUCACGCACGCCUACUCCCCUCUCUCUCACCCUCUCCCGCUCCACGAAUAACGGUCUUCCAUUGUUACUGGGGUUGUUUCUUGCCUUGAGUUUCUUUUCUGGGAAUCUUGCAUUCGGUUCACUCAUCUUGUGAUUUUUUUUUUAUCUAAUUCACUUCUCGAUUUAAACUACGGAUAGAUUCCGUUCCGAGAUUUUUUCUAUUUACGAAAGAGGAAGCAUCAGCAGUCAGCAACAAAGACAACUCACGCUCACGCACCUUUACCAAAGAGAGAUCUAUUCUGGGAAAAGAUCGGUGUGGUCAGGGUCUAUUUUUUUCACCUUCACUUGCACCUUCCUUUACUUGGGGAUAUAUAUAACGGUGCCUGUCAACAACCUUGAAUCGACGGUUACACACAAACACCACAACAACACCUACAUCUACCUAAGCACUCUACUGCCUCCAACCCGAAAAUGAUCUUCUCGACCUCCAUCAGCCUCGUCUUGGCUCUUGCGCCUGCCGCUCUCUUCGCCGCUCCAACACAGAAUGCCGAUUCGAUCGCGGCACUCAUCCCGAGACAGAACCUGCCCGUCGGUAUCUACGAGCAGCUGAAGAAGACCGACGCUCUCUGUGAUUUGACCAACGUCAAGCUUCCCAAUGCCCCCACUCCCUUCGCCGCCCCAGCCCAAGGCACCUCGCUCCGCCACAUCGCCAUCGGCCGCGGCACCCAAAACUACACCUGCGCCUCGUCCACCGCCUCCGACGUCCCCAAAGCUGUCGGCGCCGUCGCCUCCCUCUUCAACGUAACCUGCGACGCCGCACGCCUCAACACGGACACGCUCGCCAAAGUCACCAACCUAGCCCUCAACUACGCCAUUCCCGUCUCCCCAGAGGCCGAGAAGCGCCUGUCGGGCCACCACGAGUUCACCGCCGCCGGCGUCCCACUCUUCAUGCUCCAGACCCAGGAUGUCGACUACGGCCGUGUCGAAUGCACCGUCGAUGCAAAGAGCCCAGCCCCUACCACCGCCAGCUUGGGUACCAACAGUCUCGGCAGCGUCCCGUGGUUGAAGCUCAAUGCCACUGUUGGUACUGACAAGCACUGGGCUUACAAAGAGGUCUACCGGGUACACACUGCCGGCGGUGUUGCGCCCAAGACGUGCGAGGGCAUCGAGGGUAGCUUCACCGUCGAGUACAGUGCGCAGUACUGGUUCUAUGCUUGAGCUCCAUGAGGGUUGGUCAUGUGUGAAAUGACUUUUCUGAUUCCUUCUUCCUUUCUUCCAUGUUCUUGUACAAAGCAUUUUACUGGCGUUUUUUUUUGUUUCUUAUGGGAGGAGUUACCGGUUCAGCGUUCCGGUAUGAUAUACCGCCUACGGGCUUUGAGUAGAUAGCAUUAUACCUUCUUGACGAUUCUCUGUCAUGCUCAUAGGUUGAGCGACAGUAGUCGUAAUAUUGAACAAUAAAAAAGUCCCUUUUUUUC